CAGCGCUGACAUCAGACGUGGGCGGGGCUCUAGCAUGGAGAGGCAGCGCUGCUCCUGACUCACUGCGAGGCGAUACCGUGCGGCACAGACAGACUGACAGACAGUAGCAGCAGCAGCAGCAGCAGCAGCAGCCGGGGGAGCAGACAAAGGGCUCAGAUCUGAAAGCUGACACUUGGACUCUCAGGGCACUGUUAGUAAAAAGGACCUCAGGAUGCCACUGGAUGAAGAUGGGCCGAGUUGGAAGAAAAGAGCCGAAGAUAUUAGGGAUAUCUAUGAAUUUCGGGAAGUCUUAGGAACGGGUGCUUUCUCUGAAGUGGUCCUGGCAGAGGAAAAGAAGACACAGAAGUUGGUAGCCAUAAAGUGUAUUCCAAAGAAAGCCCUGGAGGGGAAAGAGACCAGCAUAGAGAAUGAGAUUGCUGUGCUGAGAAAGAUCAAGCACACUAACAUUGUGUCACUGGAGGACAUCUAUGACAGCCGGAGUCACCUAUACCUCAUCAUGCAGCUGGUGUCAGGGGGAGAGCUGUUUGACAGGAUUGUGGAGAAAGGUUUCUAUACAGAGAAAGACGCCAGUCAGCUCAUCAAGCAGAUUUUGGAUGCGGUCAAGUACCUGCAUGAUAUGGGCAUUGUGCACCGGGAUUUAAAGCCGGAGAACUUGCUCUACUACAGUAUAGACGAAGAUUCCAAAAUUAUGAUCAGUGACUUCGGCCUGUCGAAGAUUGAGGGUUCUGGAAGUGUGAUGUCGACUGCCUGCGGGACUCCGGGCUAUGUUGCUCCGGAGGUGUUGGCUCAGAAGCCUUACAGUAAAGCUGUGGAUUGCUGGUCGAUUGGUGUCAUAGCAUAUAUACUACUGUGUGGUUACCCGCCAUUCUAUGAUGAGAAUGAUGCCAAACUCUUUGAGCAGAUUCUGAAAGCCGAGUAUGAGUUCGACUCUCCGUACUGGGACGACAUCUCUGAUUCAGCAAAAGAUUUCAUCCAACAUCUGAUGGAAAAGGAUCCAAAUAAACGCAUCACGUGUGACCAAGCCCUGCAGCAUCCCUGGAUUGCUGGGGACACUGCGCUGGAUAAGAAUAUCCAUGAAUCAGUCAGUGAGCAGAUCAGGAAAAAUUUUGCCAAAAGCAGAUGGAAGCAAGCAUUCAAUGCCACCGCUGUGGUACGUCACAUGAGAAAGUUACAGCUGGGCACAAGCCAAGAAGGCCCUGGCCAGACCACACCCACUAGCCCAUGUCAUGGCAAUCUUCUUAUGCCAGGGGACAACCAUGGCUGUCAAGACUGCUGUUCUCCGAAAUCCUCUGAAAACAACUCGUUGGCUUAUAGCACCCAACACUGCGCACAAUCCAACAGAGUUUAAGGCCUUCUGAAGUGGCUUCUGGAACCCAGUGUGAUUGAUAAGAGCAGGCCACAGAUGCUGGAUGUCCAACCAGACUAGAUGCCUGCGAGUGGCAGACCGUCAAGGACAAGGACAGGCCAACCUUAUUAAACAAAUGUAAAAACAUUAGGGGUGGGAGAGGGGAAAAGAGAGGGAACAGAGAGAGAGGCAGGCCUUUUAUUAUUACUUUUUUUUUUUAAUAACAGUACAUCUAAUUGGAUAAACCAGGCCUGGUGGGUGGAGAUGUUUAGAGACAGACAAAGGCUUGUUGUUCUCGUUCAUAUGUAACAUGUUGCCUGCUCAUUGUAUGAUGUGUGGGGGGUGGGUUGUCUAAUUUUCUUCUGUAUUAAGGUGAAGAUUUGAGUUUUAAGGCUCUUGCUGCUGUUUUACUUGGCUGGUGGCCAUGAACUCUACGGUGAUGGUUCUGGAUUCUGGUAUAGGAAGUGAACGCCUGACAUUUUGGAAAUGAUUCCCUGUUGGGCUCGGCAGAAGUUUUUGUAACAGAAGCUUUAUAGGGAAACCUCAAACACUGAGCAAUUUAUGCUAUUGUUUUUAUAAGGGGGGUAAGUCAGGCUGGGAUGAAGGACUUUUUACUGUGUAAGUGACAGCAGGAAUUGUUAAAAUUUGUACUUGUUCUUCCAGUCCUAAAAAAAUGGUUUCAGACGCAACGCGUUCCACAUUGCAUUGUAGUAGCAGAAGAAAGGCAAAUGCGAUUAAAUAUCAAACAUUCUUUCCCCCAGAGCUCUUUAGGGCAUUAUGGGUAUGCACCUUUAUUUUAGAACAUCGGUUGUGUGAUACUGGUAGUGACUGAAAAAGGUUUUUUUCUUUGUAAUCUUGGAAUAAUACAAAAGUGAUCGAGUGAUUAAGCCUACAAGUAUUAAAUAACCCAAAAUGUCCAUAUUGGAAAAUGUUGAUGCGCUGACCAUAACUAAAUGCCAGAUAUUAAAGACUUUAUUGGAAAAUCA